AUGUGCGACUACACUCAACGGGAAUACUCGUGCGGCCACUUCCGCUGGAUCGCCUCCAAGUGGUGCAGAGACUACACAAUAACCCACAAGCGCUGCCAACCCAACGUCACCCACUUCGAGUAUAGGCAGGAGGAGCUUUGCGGCGAAUGCAAGCCCAAGACAUACCCUCCCUGGGAGAGCAUGAUCAAGCGCUCCAGCAAGCAGCAGACUUACCUUUGA